GGUGUGUUGAAGCGAAAAAUAAAUCGUUCACGCACGGAUCUUCGAUAUAGCUUGCUCUAUUGAUCAAACCGCAGUAUGUAAUGUAUAAACUAUUGCGCUCUAGAAAACUGUUAAGUAUUAAUGUUGUACACAUUAUCAGUGCGUGUAAACACGGCGGAUAACAAUAUUGUGUUGCAAUCUAUGUUAAGAAUACGCUGUAAAUAUGUUAAACGUGCUUGGUCAGUUCUUAAGCUAAAUGGUGAUUUAAAAAGAAAUUGAUACGAAAUAUGAAAUAACUGUGAAUUGAGGAAAUGGAUCUUGUGUCUCAACUGGAAAUGUAACGGCGCUCAAAAGUUGCGCAUAAUGGAUAAAAUAGCGUGACACAGUUAAGAUCCCUCGCUCACUGGAAUGCGAUAAAUCGGCCCAUAAUGCAUUGCGGUGCGUCUCCGCAUGCGUGAUUUUAUAAGUCGUGUCACUGUUUAUAAACGGGAAGUGUUUACAGGGACUUGUAUUUUCUGUAAUUCUAUCAGUUUUAGUCUUUUGUUUAUUUAGAAAAUUUAGGAUUAUAUGCAGCAUGACCUCAGAAACGACGGACACAUACAAGGACUGGAUAUUAGAUAUCAUAGAUCAGUUAAGAAAGAGGAAAGCUCGUCCGGAUCUGGAGCGUAUUACUCACUUUGUUGAGCGAAAGCAUGGAUUGGGGCGGAAAGAAACGGAAGCGCAUCUUGAAAAAUUGGUCGAUAAAGGCAUUGUGAUUAAGGUCGUUUACAAACGCGGGACAAGUUACAGAAACGCCACCAAGUCGAGAAAACGAAGCUUUGUGUCAAAUGUACUUAAUUCUAAUUUAGCUAGUUUCAAAAUCAAUGAGGCAGUGAAUAGUAUACUGAGAGAACGGAAUCGUGCUAUUUCGGUUACCGACGGUGAUGAUAUUGACGACGACGACGACGAUGAUGACGAAGAGCCUAUGCAAAUUGAUGACGAUUGUGAAGGGGUCAGUGCCAAAGAAAUUGAAAAAUGGUUGAAACAAAACCAAGAAGACAUUGGUCCCUAUCCCGUGCACUGGGCGGUGCAGCGGGAAGUUGAUGCUGGCAGAUUGUCCUGUCUACAAAACGGAAACUUUGUUCCUUUCCGUGAAGAAAAAAAUGGGGGAACUUCACAAGCCGGUGGGGCAAAAGGCGAUGGUUUCCAGGGGACAUCAAAACCUGUACUACAGAAAUCAAUGAGUGUAUUUGCGAAGAGGGGACGUCCUCCUAAAUUAAACCUUCCGAAAUUCAAUCGAAGUGUGAGUUUGAAUGCUGCUAAUGCUGCAAAGAAACCGGAAGAGCCCGAGUCGGCCCCAGUACCUGUCAUGCCACCCCACCUUUGUGAUUUCUGCCAGCAGUCAAGGGACCAAAACAGACAAGGACAACCAGAAGAAUUACUCUUUUGUAAAGACUGUAAUGCUAAAGCUCAUCCCUCGUGCAUGAAUUACGCCCCCGAGCUUGCAGCACGUGCGAGGAACACAGCUUGGCAAUGCAUUGAUUGUAAAACAUGCUGCAUCUGCGCAGACCCUGGUGAAGCGGACUGUAUGUUGUUUUGUGAUGCCUGUGAUAAAGGAUAUCAUAUGAUGUGCCACGUCCCAAAAGUUGACGAUAAACCACAAGGAAAGUGGAUUUGCAGUGAAUGUGUCAAUGAUGGUGUAGAUAUAGAUGAUAUUGAAGAAAACAGUUAUGUAAAUGUGAUAGAUAGUACCAUGAAAUCAACAGAUUCCGAAUCAUUUACUAGCACUCGAGACAAAAAUGGAGAGAGUGAACCACAUCAGGAGGUAUAUCCAAAUGCAACACAGUGGUCAAUUACUGAUGUAGUACACUACUUCAAUGAAAAAGGUUUCAGCGAAUCAGCAAACGCCUUUAAAGUACAGGAAAUUGAUGGUCAGUCCCUUUUAUUGCUGAAAAGAUCAGACGUUCUCCAGGGACUGUCCCUUAAACUUGGCCCUGCUCUCAAGAUAUACAACCAUGUAAUGAAACUCCAGACCGCAGGGUCACCGCCGAACAACGAAUGAAAACUGUUGUUGUACUGUUAUUCCAAUGUUGUUCAGUUAUCUGUGAUUUACGUCUGAAGAAAUUCCGUUAUUUUCGUUCAUCUAAAUUUUCAGCAUUCAAGCAAACAUUAUUUUGUUCAGUUAUUUGUUGAGUUUUAUCUUAUUACUGGGCGGUCAUCCAAUGUGACUUUUCGGUAUUGUACACACUGGGGAAAUCGCUCGAUUCAGGUAAAAGUUUUGCUUAUAAUUUCCUUAUUAUUUCACAGAUUUUAAUGAAACAAAAAGCGUCGAAGACAGGAAAAUGGAUGCUUUUGUCACCAUGAAGCAUCUGGCAGACAUUCUUGAUACCUUUCUCAGACAGUACGUCCAAAUGUUUUUAUGGACCAAAUGUGAGGUAACAUACACACUGGUAUUUGGGCGAAGUGUUUGAAGACGGUAUUGAUAAAGUCUGACAGACGUUUUAAACUGAGGAAAGCACUCAUUUUUCUGUCUUCAGUGGUUUUUAUUUUAUCAAAGUCCAUCAAAUAACAAGAAAUGUCACAUGAAUCGAGCGGUUUUCCGCAUGUGUACGAUACCAAAAUGUCACAUGGAUUAGUCACCCAGCUAUUGAUUCAUCUUUAAAAAUGUAAAAUUAGAAAUGAUUUGCUGUCUGUUAGUCAAACGGGAUCUUGACGUUUAUGAAUACAAUCAAACAUUUGCUACAUUCCACCAGUGAAGGAACUGAGAUCGCAUAAUAUAAAUGAAGUGAUCAGCGAAUUCCGUGUGAAUACGUGUUCUCGUCUGCUGAUUCGGAAUGCCUCGGUCAUAAAUAGUUUGGGAAGUAUUGGUAAAUCGUGCUUUAUCAGGAUAAAUCAUACCUAAUAUUUAUGCAUUUAAGAUCCCACUAAAUUUACGCCAGUUAGUGUUAAUUGGCAUUAAUCAAGUUUCUGAUAUAUCAGUUUGAAGUAGAAAUUCUCAGAUUGGGUUCCUAGGUAAUGAUUUCAGUAACAACGUACAAAAGAAACUUGAGCGGAAUUUACCGAUUGUAAUUUUGGUCUCAUUUGUUUAAGCUCCUAUUUGAACAUUUGCUAUUGCCGUGAAUACAACCCGCAAAUAUUGAUCAGUUUUGGGUCACACAAGCUUGGUCUUAAUAUACAGAUGUAAUAAAUGUAAGUGGUAUUAUAUAUAGAUCUAUUACUUAUAAUGUAGUCCUUCUAUAGAUAACACUUAUUCUACACUUGGAUUCUAUCGCAGUUAAUCAUUUGGGACUUAAUUAAUACUUAGAUAUAGUAGCCGUUAAUCUUGGUGAGAUAACGUCUGUACAGAUAUGGUUCCUCCUUGUUCAAUGUGUAACCGUUAGAUAUGUUUAGAUUCCAUGUAUAAUAACGUGGGGAAUUCAUUAUAAAUAGUAUUAAGUAUCUAAAAAAAUUAAUGUCUGCAAAAAAAUCACUUAGCUACAUAACACGUAAAUGUAACAAACUUUUUACUAAAAAGUACGACGGAAAUUUCAGUCUUGUGAAUAAUAAGACCUCGAGCGUUUUAGAAAUUUUUGAUAAGAAUCCAACAUGUAUUCGUACGCAGACAAGCAUAACGUCUCCUGAAACCUCUCUGUUUUUGUUUUUGUACGAGUGAAUCGAAUGAUUAUACCAAAUUUUUGUUUUAGGAUACUGAAAUUGAUUGUAAAUUGAAAAUUCUUAAUCACUAACAGUAAUAAUUAUACUUUUAUAAACUUUACAAAUACUAUACGAUUAAUCCUGUCCGUUAAUUUGCAUAAUAUAAUACAUUAAAUCAUUUUCCAGUCUUGUACGAACCGUGUUUUCUAAAAAAAAAAAAAGAAAGCACGUAUAUUUGAGUAACUGUCAGGCCCUCAGAUGUAAUGCUUUCCAAAAAUGUAACAAAGUGUAGAUUUAGACUAGCAAACUGUAUUUUUUACAUAAAUGAUAAAAUUGACAAAAUUUUCAUUGGCAUAUGUUAAUACUUUACUACAUGUAUACACAUUUUUACAUACCGGUAUAUGAAGUUUGUUACAUUUGAACGUCCAAUACUUCAGUUUGACUGCUGUUGGCGUACUCUAGUUCGAAGCCCUCACGCCGCUUAAUUUAUUCAUACUUGUUUCUUCAUGCUUCACUUAAAUACGAUAGUUAAAAAGUAAACAAGACCCACAUUUGGUGAAUUUUGAUAUCAAAUACUGUAAAACGAGAUGACAAUGAAAAUCGCUCCAAUGCUCGCUAGAAUAUUAACUGAUGCUGUAAUUUUUGUAGUUUUAUGUGCAAAAAUGUCUUAAGAAUGAGUUUAUACUCCUUGGUAUAAAUAACACCACUAGGUGAAUAAAAUGUGUCAUAUUCGCUAAAGAUCAAGGCCGCACCAUGCUGAUCCGGCCCCAAUUUCGCGAAAAAACAAGUAAUUACUUAGUUAAAUCUGUUAUUUUAAAAUUGUGCUAUUGCUUAAGUUAUAGUCAUUUUAUGUUGAUUUUUCCUAUAACAAUGUAUUUAUAGCAAAAUUAUACUAUGGUUAGUAGUAUUUGUCUGUAGUACUUAUUUCAAUCACGCAAAUAUGAUAUUUCUACUAAGCACGAUAUAACGAACUUAAGUAUUUGCUUAAGCAUAUUUCUCAUUUCUAUACUUCGUUUUUUUUUGUAACAUUCAGAAUUAUUAUGUUUUGAUCUACGAAAUAGUCAUAUAAGGUUCUGAUAUAGAUGAAAAACUCAACAUUGAACACGCAUAAAGGGCAAAAACAAGCAUAUAAAAUAACAGACUUAACUAAGCAAUUACUUAAGUUUUUUCGUGAAAUUGGGACCGGGUGUUCUGGCUCCGUGUUCACAAAACAUUUUCAGUCUCAGCUGAGUUUGAUAAUGAAACUUUAUUUGUCAUUUAUAUCUAAAUAGCAUGUUAAAAACUAAAUUUUAAGUUAAUAACUAUUUUCAAGUGUCUAUUCAGUAUUGAUGGUCAGUCUCAGUUGGAAUUUAACCUUGAAAUUUUAGAAAAAUUGAUAUUAAAAUUUCAAACUCGAUUUCAGCUGAGACUGAAAAAUGUUUUGUGAACACGGGGCCAGGUCGGCAUUUGUAAUAAAAGUUUAUGAAAGUAGCCUGCGGGAAGCAUGUGAUAUUGUGCAACAAAGGUAUUGUGUGUGUUCUAUGAAGAGAAGAGCUCUUCAACGGCGAUAUAGCGACAUAAGUAUGUAAAAUAGCAUUCUGAAUACGGUUACCGAGGAUGAGAGGCGGGAAAUAGUGGAAUUUGUUUUGACACGGUACAUAUUUAUCGGAUUGCACGGAUCGAUGGCUAGUAGUUUUGACUACUUACCGGAAUGCUAUUCAUAAAGUGUUUUAUAACAUAGAAUUUUGUUCUUCAAGUUUAAGACGAGCAGAAUUUGGUGUUGAACUAUGGACAGGUCAGUAAUUACCAUUCAUUCAUGACACCUUAUAUAAAUCGCCGGUUUGCUGUUUGUGUUAUCAUAAACGUUACUUUAAACAAAAACUGCAUAGGACAAAAUCCUGAAACCCAGGCAAUAUAAAUAGAAGCGGGCAUUAAAAUAGGGAAGGAAAAUUAUUAUACACUUUUUAGUUAAACGGCAAUUGAGGGCCUUCAGUGAUUAUUAGCACGAUUAAACCUAUACUGCAAGAGGGCGUAGCCCCAGUGCCCUAUGAAGGUUUAGGAGUUCUAACAACCACAUAAGGAAUGCCAAUCGGUUUAAUGAGUUGUUUAUUGUAUACAUAACCGGUUAUAAUUCCCGCUUCCGGUUAGAAUCCCCGCCUCCGCUUAUUUUGGAUGGGUUACAGGAUAUAUUAGGUAUAUGAUAAACGCAGUGGUUAUUAGCAUUCCUAACUCUAUACCGGCGAUACCUUGUCUAAUAUAGGUUUAGUAGUGCUCACUACCACUUCAGGCCCAUCCUUUGCAAUUGUGCAAGUGUAUAUUAUUGUUUAUCUACUGCGCGAAAAUUAUAACUUCAUGCAUAAUGUCUUUCAUUUGGUGAGGUUAGGAAUGUUAAGAUAAGGUGUUCAAAUUUGCUCAAUGUUUGUUUUGUAUUUGUGUCAACUUCUGUUUUAAGAGAGAUUGAGAGUACAAGAGAUGCUUGUGUAGAAAACCUCUAUGUCUAAAAUUGUCCGAAAAUAUAAUGGAUUCUAUGGUUAUACAUAAAUAUGUACACGUUUAAACUUAAAGAUGUAACGUUUACUUUUUGAACGUGUACGCCUAAGAUAUGUGAAAACUGCAAUGUUUUCAAAUUUUACAACUUAGACGCUUAUGGAAAAUUGAAGGAUAUACUACACGUACGUAUACGCGUACACGUAUGAAAUCCCAAGCUCUCUAGCAUAGUACGUGUUAGAUAGUCUAGUCCGUGUAGUUCAGUAUCAGUGGGAAAGAUGUUUUUCUUUCGCUUAUAUAUCUGAAUAAUCCUUGCUACUAACAAGCAAAUUGAGUGAGUUUAUAUACACCCACCUCUCCCCACACACACACCCCCCCCCCCCCCCCCCCCCCCCCCCCACACACACACACACACACCCACGCCGAAAAGGUUGUUUUGUGAAUGUGGGAACUGUAUUUUGAAAAAUAUUUAACUUCCAUUUUAUUAUACACAAGUUAUUUACAAAAGGAAUGUGCAACGGUUUGUUGGUUCCUAAUUUUUACAAACUAUAGAGGAAAAACUCUGCUCUAUAGUGGAUCUAUAUUUGUAUUAUGUUUCAUGAAGAUCCAUCAAUGGGUUACUUUGUUUUAUGGGAAUUUUUGAACUUUAGAACAGUUAAAGCACAAUAAUUCUUAAGUUACUAAAGACACCCAGAUGAAAGAUUUGCUUGGACCAUCGCCCUUAGUAAAAAUACCUUCCUUAUAAGUAUACCAAAUCAAGAGAAAACUGUCUGUUUUUACUGCAUCAAGGGAGGGGUAUGUUGGUUAUACUACAAGUGAGCAGCGGUCAUGUGCUACUUAAUUAAGUAUUGAGGUUUGACGGUUCUAUCUUAAAUUUUUUUUUUAAUUAUAAGCAUUUUCAAUCUUUUAAACAAAUGUAGAGGAAAAACUCUGCUUUUACUAGAUCUAGGGGGUAAUACAACAUGUGAGGAAAGGUCAUUAUUGUGCUAAUCAAUUAGUAUGUGAAGUUGAUGAUUCUAGCUUAAAUAGUUUUUAGCUCAUCUGAUUUAUUGUCAUCACUUGAUCGUCGUCGGCGUUGCCUGGUUAAGUUUUAUGUUUAGGUCAUCUUUUCUCCUAACUAUCAAAGCUAUUGCUUUAAAACUUGCAACACUUGUUUACCAUCAAUAGCUUACUCUGUACAGCAAGAAACAUAACUCCAUCCUGCUUUUUGCAAGAGUUAUGACCCUUUUUGGAUUUAUAAAAUAUCAGAUUUCUUGGUUAAGUUUUAUAUUUAGGUCAACUUGUCUCCUAAACUAUCAAAGCUAUUGCUUUAAAACCUGCAACCCUUACUCACCAUCAAAAGCUGACUCUGCACAGCAAGAAACAUAACUCCAUCCUGCUUUUUGCAAGAAUUACGGCCCCUUUUGGACUUGGAAAAUCAGAAUUUUUGGUUAAGUUUUGUGUUUAGGUCAGCUUUUCUCCUUAACUGUCAAAGCUAUUGCUUUAAAACUUGCAACACUUGUUCACCAUCAAAAGCUGACUCUGUACAGCAAGAAACGUAACUCCGUCCUGCUUUCUGCAAGAAUUGUGGCCCCUUUUGGACUUAGAAAAUAUCAGAUUUCUUGGUUUAGGUCAACUUUUCUCCUUAACGGUCAAAGCUAUUGCUUUAAAACUCUACAUUGCUUUUUUGAAAGAAUUAUGGCCCCAUUUGGACUUAGAAAAUCAUGGGUAUGACAAUAUUUCUUUUAUACAGAGACAAGAAAAAAUCAGCUGAGCGUCUGCACCCGCAGGGCGGUGCUCUUGUUGAGUAAAUGCAUUUUCAAUUUUGGACGGACACACGCACGCACGGAAAAACUAUCACACGGACAACGCCAAAACAAUAUUCAAGCGACUUCGGCAGGGGAUAACAAAGAAGCUUUCAAAACACAUUGUGUCAUUGUCCAUUGUCUGUGUAUAUAUAUACACAUAGAAUAAGUGUCUUUGGCAUGAAAUGUGUAUCCCUGGAGAGGUUUUUUUUUUUCACGUGUUCAUCAUUAUUCCUGUUACUAGCAUCUGUAUGGAUUUGGAUGCGAAUCUUAGAAAAAAGCUAGAGUAGCAAGGUCUGUAGACAAACCUGAUUGUCUAUAAAAAUAUCUGUAACAGUUAGAAACACGUUAAAUGUUGCUCUUGUUCGUGUUGUUAACAGGCGCAGAGUUUUAAAAACUUUAGAUAUUUAUUCUUGAAUCGUUAUACGUACAGUUGUAAAAGUUUAAAAUUUCUACAGAUCUGUGAAAAUGUGGGAACAAUGCAGUUGUUCAUGCAUAUAUAUACUCUGCAGACGACGUUUAGAAAUGUGUGUGAAUUUUAAAUCGGAAGAAGUUACCGAUGUGGAUUAUUCUCUGUAGAUUUUUUUAGAUGAUUUUUUAGAUUUUGUUUAUUCAGAAAACUGUUUGUCUUGUUGGGUUACUUUCUGAUUAGUGUCACAUUAUUAUAAAAUUUGAAAUGAUA